AUGUCGUUAAAUGUGGCGGCGUCGACGAGCACGCAUCAGCUACAGCAGCAUGCCGCUCAGGCGACGGUCACAAAUCUGCCGAAGCAGCUGAUGAUUGUGCUGCAGAAUGGAUCGCACAAGGUCCUGUCGCUGGGCGCCGAUGUACUGCCGGAAUACAAAUUACAGCCGACUAGAAUACACCAUUGUACUAUCGUGCAUUAUAGCCCGUUUAAAGCAGUUUGGGACUGGAUUAUUCUGUUGCUCGUCAUCUACACAGCGGUAUUUACACCUUACGUCGCCGCGUUUUUAUUAAGAGAAUUUCAAGACACGACCCGAAAAUCGAGAUUUUCCGAACCGUUAGAGAUCGUCGAUCUGAUCGUCGACAUCAUGUUCAUCGUCGACAUCAUCAUCAAUUUUCGGACGACGUACGUCAAUGAGAACGAUGAGGUCGUCUCGCAUCCCGGCAAAAUUGCGACGCAUUACUUCAAAGGAUGGUUCAUCAUUGACAUGAUUGCCGCGGUGCCGUUCGAUCUACUACUUGUCAACACGAAUAGCGAUGAGACAACAACAUUAAUCGGGUUACUGAAAACGGCGCGCUUAUUGCGAUUGGUACGGGUGGCGCGCAAACUGGAUAGGUAUUCGGAAUACGGAGCUGCCGUUUUGUUAUUACUCAUGGCCACGUUCGCCCUCAUCGCACAUUGGCUAGCUUGUAUAUGGUAUGCAAUUGGUAGUGCCGAGUUAGCGCAUAAAGAAUACACAUGGUUACAUCAAUUAUCGCGGCAAUUAAAUCAACCGUACAUUUCGACGAACGGGACGAUACCAUCAGGCGGACCGACGCUGAAAAGUCGAUAUGUGACCUCUUUGUAUUUCACACUUUCCACUAUUACAUCUAUAGGUUUUGGCAAUGUUUCUGCAACAACGGACUCUGAGAAAAUAUUCACAAUUGUCAUGAUGAUACUAGGAUCAUUGAUGUACGCUUCGGUGUUCGGAAAUGUGUCGGCCAUCAUUCAACGAUUGUAUUCCGGAACUGCGAGGUAUCACACCGAAAUGUCACGACUGCGCGAAUUCAUUCGCUUCCAUCAGAUUCCGAAUCCAUUACGGCAGCGACUCGAAGAGUAUUUCCAGCAUGCUUGGUCGUAUACCAACGGAAUCGACAUGAAUCUUGUGCUGAAAGGGUUUCCCGAUUGUCUGCAGGCCGAUAUUUGCCUACACCUGAAUCGCAAUCUUCUCAGCAAUUGUUCGGCGUUUGCCGGCAGCUCGCCGGGAUGCCUUCGCGCGUUGAGCAUGAGAUUUCGAACGACUCAUUCUCCGCCGGGAGACACGUUAGUCCAUCGGGGUGACAUUUUGACUGGACUGUACUUCAUUGCAAGAGGAAGUGUCGAGAUAUUAAAUGAUGACAACACGGUCAUGGGGAUAUUAGGAAAAGAUGACAUCUUCGGAGAGAACCCACUUCUUUAUGAUGAGGUCGGAAAAUCGUCGUGCAAUGUCCGCGCGCUGACGUAUUGCGAUCUGCACAAGAUCCUCAGAGACGAUCUGCUGGAUGUGCUGGACAUGUACCCCGAGUUUUGCGAGCAGUUCUGCAAGAAUCUCACAAUCACCUAUAAUCUUCGCGACGACUCGCAGAGCCUUCGGAAGCGAUUCGAUCGGCAUAAGCUGUUGCGGAUGUCGUCGUGGCUGAACAAGGAAAGGUACACGACGCCACCGGACAGCGGAGCGCCGCCAACCGAUAAUGCGGUUGCCGUUCGAAGGAGUACCGACUCGGUGUCGAGGUGUGACUCGAAUCCGAUCGACCGGCGGCAAUCGGCGGGAUCGAGAAGCUCUUCUCGAUGCUCGCCGCCGCACGCUGCCGUCAACGCGCCGCGCGCCGAAGCAACACCACUUCUGAGGAGAAGCGCCGGCGCGCCGCAUGACGACGACGAUGCGCUAUUCGAUGACAUUCGAGCAUUUGCGAGAGGGAAUACGGUAGCACCGGGAGUACACCAAUUUCAUUGCGACGGACAGACAGAUCGAUCGACAUAUGAAGAACUUGAAGAAUGCAAACGAGUGAAUAACAUGCUUUUGAGGAAGUUCGAUUUAAUGGAAGGCCAAAUCGAUCGCCUUCAAAACAAAUUCAAUUCGGACAUGGAAUUUCUGACAAAAAUGUUGAAAGAGCUGAUGAUUUGUCGGAACAACGGCGCGUCGACGUCGGAAGUGCCUUCAACCGAAUCCGUACGCCAUCGUCCGAAUAACUAUAUGCCAUCGGCAUUCCGUCUGCCGAACGGCGGUGGCGGAGAUGAGAUGCGAGUCUCGCGGCUCUCAUCACAUGAGCCGCCGACGCCGACAUCGGACUCGGACACAUUAUUAUAG